AUGGCGACAGUGAAUGGACCGCUUUUACCAAAAAUAGACAAGGCCUUCAAUGUAGGAAGUGUCGGACACCUGGAUAAUUCCAAGAAACAUAUUGGUAAGCUGAGGAGGUAUAUCAUCGAUAACCCACGGGAUGAGGGUCUUAAAAGGCGUGAGACCCUCUGGGACUUUCAGCAUAAAAACCGUGGUGCUUUGGUGCGAGUCAAAGGUGAAACGAGUGGUAAGGAAUUCGUAAAGGAUCAAGACGGCAGGAAAUCUCCUAACGGUGCUGAAAAUGAUCAAGAAAUAGACAAAAUUGGUGAAACUGACAAGUGUAGGAAUAUAAAAGCGUUACAGUUUAAGAAACUGAAGAAGAAACAGCGUUUAGAAUCACGCGUUUUAUUGGGUUCAAAUGAGCUAACUGAUGUACGCGGGAAAGAUCCUAGUGUAACGUAUUCAACUGCUCUGAGGAUAGGCAGUAACAUAUUCAACCAGAUGAAGGGCACUGAACAAUCAACAUCUUCUUCACAUAGUACAAUUUAUAGUGAAGACGUGAAAAAGGCUAUUGUAAGAUCUAUAGACAAACUGCCUGAUCUGAGUGCAUCUUUGUCAAAGCUUGGUUAUCUCAAAAUGACCAAAAAUGUGGUACAUUACGGCGGGGGUUUCUUCGGCCGUCAUUCCGAACGGCCAUAUGCCAAACUGAAGCGAUCAUGGUCGACGUUAUCACCACCGGAAGUGCGUGAACGGAUUCAUGGACGAAUCGUUGCACCGACAACAGCGCCACCGCCACAGGAUAAAACUGAAAAAGCGACAAAAUUGAUCAAAAAGAGACUGGAAUAUCUAGACACACUUUCUAUACAACAGAGCUCAUCGCAUAAAACAUCGAUGUCAUCUAGAGAUGACGAGAAUGGUUCAGUUUCCACAGGAGACAACUCCUCAAAGAGAACCUUCAAGACCUUGGUGAGUCAGAAUAGUCAGCAAACCAUAUCGAACGACAAAAGGUCUUUACCUAUUCUGGACCACGCUCGAAAAAGGGAAAAGAGAUUACGAAAACUCAGGGACCAGCAGGUUGCACGUGUGUUCACUCCAAUGAUCACAAAACAGAAUCUGGAGGAGAAAAGGGAGAAAACGGAGCGAAAAAUAUUUAUGGAAGCGAAUGAUUCCAGGCAACGUAAACUUUCAGUUAUUCGGCGUGAUCAUUCAAAAGCUAAAUCUGAUUUAGAUCAUAAUUUUAAGCGAGUUGUUUCAGAACCUGGUUUAGAUCUGCCAAAGGACAAAUAUGGACCUACCACCCACUCCAGGGAAAACAAGAGACCAUCCAUGUAUGGUAGUAACCCGUAUCGCUGGACAAGCAAGACCAGUUUGUCACUGGACGAUCGGACUUGGGUCAAGCGAACCAUGCAACAAGCAGAUGUUGUAGAUCACUCUGCUUAUGAAUCGUUCGCAAGAAUCAAGCCCUCUGGAUUACAGAAAGGAGGGACAGAAUUGUCUCUCGAUAGACAGAAACGAUAG